UCAGGAUGGCAAGUGAAGGCAUACUGCUCGGCUAUGGCAAUCCUCUGCUGGAUAUUUGUGUCAAUGGAACAGAAGAAUUCCUGAAAAAGUAUGACCUGAAAGCAGAUGAUGCCAUAUUGGCAGAGGAUAAACAUAAGCCAAUGUAUGCAGACAUGGUGGAGACCUUCAAGCAGGUGGAUUACAUUCCCGGGGGUGCCACACAGAACGCCAUAAGAGUAGCACAGUGGCUUCUUGGAGUCCCGAAAACAACAACAUAUUUUGGCUGUGUGAGCAAGGACAAGUUCGGGGACAAGUUAACAGAGAAAGCCCAAGAGGCGGGUGUCAAUGUGAAAUACCAGUAUACAGACAAAGAACCUACAGGCACGUGUGGGGUGAUUGUCACAGGUGCCCACAGAUCACUAUGUGCAUAUUUGGCAGCAGCAAAUUGUUUUACAGAAGAUCAUUUAGAUGUGCCAGAAAACUGGGCUCUGGUAGAAAAAGCACAAUUUUAUUACUGUGCUGCAUUUCCACUGACUGUUUGUCCAUCGGCCAUAUUGAGGAUUGCUAAGCACUCUCACGAGAAGAAGAAAACAUUCACAUUCAAUUUAUCAGCACCUUUCCUCUGUCAAUUCUUCAAGGAACCAAUGAUGUCAGUGAUGCCAUAUGUAGAUAUUUUAUUUGGAAAUGAAACGGAAGCAGAAGUAUUUGCUGAGGAACACAAAUUUGGGACGAAGGACUUGAGGGAGAUAGCCCUUAAGAUGGCUGAAUUACCGAAAGAGAACAAGGAGCGUGCCCGUAUUGUGGUCAUAACUCAUGGAGACAAGCCUGCCAUUGUUGCUCAGGAUGGCAAAGCUCAGGAGUUUCCAGCAAUCAGUAUUGACCCCAAAGACCUUGUGGACACAAACGGGGCAGGGGAUGCCUUUGUUGGAGGAUUCCUCGCCCAGCUGGUACAAGGUAAACCUGUUGCGGAAUGUGUGCGCUGUGGCCAUUAUGCAGCUAGUGUCAUCAUAAAGCAUUCAGGCUGUACAUACCCUGAGAAACCAGACUUCAAGUGAUCACAUUAGAGUUGACAAGAAAUUUAUGUGUUAAGCAAUCUAUUAUAAAUUAGAUAACAUUCAUUCUUCCAUUCAUAACAGCCUUUAAUAUCAUUUGACUGAUGUAGAAAUGUCAUAUUUUGUAUAAACUAACAAGUUUAACUAUCAGAAUAUUCUUUUUGUCUGUCAAUUCUUAUUAUUAUCCCUCAGUUGAAACGAUCAUACUUUCCCUUAAUUCAGAGGAUCAUAUUUUCUGACAGCUAAAUCACAUUUUCCUUUAAUUCAAGAAAUUCCAGUUUCCUAUAAAUCAGGAAAUCCCAUUUUUUAUUAUAUAAAUCCAUGUUUUAAAUGGCAAGGCUCUGGUUAGUAAAGACUAGACUACAAGAGUUACAUAUACCUACGUGGACUGGUGGGAGAGAAAUUUUCAAAUUUCUUGAUAACAGGCGAAAAGUUGAAAAAAAUACAAUGUCAAUACAGCUAUAGCUGAAUAAUUUGAUUUUUUGAGUCUCUGUAAACUCUGUAUCAUCCUGCGCUGGUUAGGGUUUUGGAUUUUUCUUUUAUUUUGAAGAGUUUAUUUCUUACUGCUCAACAGUAUUUAUUUUUUUUUACCUUAACUGCCAUUAUCUACCCUUGCAGUUUGUGUUUAACACAUCAGUUGGAAACAUUUUUCUAAUUCAUUCUAGUCAAGGAAGUUUUGAAUACUGUCAUACAGAGGUUGGGAUGGCCUGGUGGGUAGCGUGCUAGUGCAGCAAAAUAUAGUCACUGUGAGUUUAACUCCAGCUCAUGCUGGCUACGGCCAUACCUGGGAAGGUCUAUCACCAACCUGCGGAUGGUCCUGGGUUUCUCCCAGACUGUGCCCGGUUUGCUCCCGCCAUAAUGCUGGCCGCCCUCGUAUAAGUGAAGUAUCGAGUACGGAGUAAAACACCAAUCAAAUAAAUAAAUAAAUAAGUUAUAUAGCAACAGUGAUGAAAAUUUAAUAUUCCACACGUUAUAUAAAUAAACCGCAAUUUUGAUUGGUCACCAAACUUUCUUUGAUAACGUUAUCCAAUGAUAAGUGCAGCUGCAAGCCACACUACUUCUGUUGUUUGUUGCCUUUCAGUAUGAUUUUCGAAAUCACCGCUCCUCGCACCAGUCAUGGCGUGACGUCAUUUGUCAUAGAGCCUUAGAUUUAGGCCACAAUUUUGGAGUCAAAAUGUUUCGAUAAAUGAGCCGUUAUGAGUGCCGAUAUUUUCUGAAAAAAAAAUAAAGCUUGUCACCUUAUUGUAAACUAAUGGACUGUGAUAUGUUUUCUGAUCAUAGAAAUCACAGAUUUCCUCAAUGUUUUCGAGAACUAUAUUUAGUGAAAUGUGUGGUUCACUUUCAGCCGUUUCACAUAUGUCGAUAUUAGUGCGCAUCUCAUUUACAUACUUGUCGAAACAAACAGACAUCUAUUAACGACCUAAACCGUUCAAAAUAAAUUAUGAGAUAAAUAGGAUGUACAAUUCGUGACCCAUUAUAUCAAAUUUAUUAAACUCGUGAUGUCAUUUUCAAAUGUUCCUCGGCAAAGGCUCGGGAACAAAUGAAAAUUACACCAAUCGUUUAAUAAAAUUGAUGUCCUUGUAUAUUGAUACUGUCAUAUAAAGUGUCAUGCCUAGAAGGUAGGCUUUUUAUCCUUUGUUCUUUUAAUCAACUUCAACAGUAAAUACUCACUAUAAAUUUUGUUAUUGUACCAAUUAAUGCCAAUAAUCUGAAAUGAAACCGCAGCUGUAACUUAACUGAUUGAUCAAUUAUAUAUGCUAAUCUCCGCACUUGAAUCUUAACUGCAAUCACGGAUCAGUGGCUUGAAGAGGUUUUCAUGUUUACUUCAUCAGGAAUGAAUUUUGUGGUGCAUAGUAUUAUUGAUACGUGUUUUUUUUUUUUUUUAUAUAUAAUAAUGUCUAAUUUUGGUGUAUUUUUAUACUCCUAUGUGUUAAUAUGAAUGGUAAAAUGUAAGUGAAAAACGGAAGUGU